CGGACAUCUAGCAUUCUUCCGUUCAGUGAUCAUUGAAUCUUCAUGAGUGAAGUGUGUAGACGGAAUUCUAGUGGUGAAUUGUAUGUUUAAGAUAGUGACCAGGUAGGGAGUGUAUAGUAUUCUGAUAGAUUUCAACCGAGUGAACAGUGUUUAUUAUUCUUAUAGAUUGUGACGUGUAGACAGUGGCUUGUAUUCUAAUAGAUUGUCACCAAAAAUGUAUUCAAUAUCCAGCAGUGCUACGAGGUUACUGAGCGUUCUAAUUCUAUUGUGCAUAUUUUUUGUGUCCAACACACAAUGUCAAAGACCUGGAUUUGGAAAGUGUCCCGAAUAUACGCCUGUCAAGAACUUCGAUUCAGCAAAGUUUCAAGGAGAAUGGUACGAGGUCGAGAGAUCUUUCUACAUCAUGGAAGUCGCUCAUGGCUGUAUUAAAUUCAACUUCACUCUUGAAGGAGGCUCACUGCGAAUAGCUACCCGCUCUUUGAAUAGGGUGACGGGUAAAAUGAGUACAAGCUACGGCAGGGCUAAGCCUCACUACCUGGCACCCAGCAUACUCAACUACCAGGUGGAUAACUCACUGCCUUCCUAUCUGGCGAGGAUGCUGCCUCAAAGUGGCAAGUAUCUCAUUCUCGACACUGACUAUGACAACUAUGCCAUCCUCUACUCAUGUUCUGACCUGGGAUUCUUACAUGCAGAUCUCUUAUGGGUGCUGGGCCGUAAGCAAGACCUUCCCGUCGAUUCGAGAGUGCGCGUCUACGACAAACUGUUCCAGCUGAAUAUCAACACAGACAGGCUGGUGCUGAGUCCACAGAAAAAGUGUCCUGAAUGACGACCACGUGAUAACUGAUAUGGGAACAAGAAUUUAAAAUUAUUUAUUGAACAAAAAUAAAUUCUCCUGGAACACUCAAGUGCAAACAGGAUAAGGAAACUAUCAUAGUUUCUGAACUGUGUGAAGACGUAAACUGAAUUCAAUCAGUUAUUUUAUGUAACUAAGUUAAUUAAAUUAUUGUAAUAGCGGACUUCCACAUAUUAAAUCUGAUAAGUUAAAGUGUAUGAUAUAGUGAGUACUGUACAGUGGAAAUAACCCCGGUUCAAUAUGAGUUUCAAAGCUGGAUUCAAAGACAACAAUGAUAGUGAACAGUGAAAAUAUAAUUCCCAAAAGUUGUGUAGUGAGGUCCACGUUAUAAUGGCAGUGUUUGAUUAGCAAUGGUUUUGUUAUCCUUGUAUAUCAUUCAACAAAGCAGAUAGCGCUAACUCUUUCUCGCUUUGCUCUGUUGCCAGACCGUCUUUUAACAAUGUAGAAUUAAUUAAUUAACAAAAUAUUUCAUCUUAAUCAUGAAAAUUCAUUAUGAAAUUAUUGAAAAACAUAAUUUCUUGCUCAAUAAAAUAUAAUUUAUUAUACAAAACGAAAAUGAACCGUUAAUAUUACAUCAAUAAACUUGUAUCAGCUACCGUCUAUAGAAGGCAUUGACAAGACAGAGCAUCACAACGUUUUUCUCUCAUCUUUCUCCACUGCCAUUAUAACGUGGACUUCACUCUAGGCUAAUCGGAUCAGCCUCGAGAGGCCGAAUGAAGUUAUUAGAACUUAUUGGAAUUAUAUUUUCACUGACACUGUUGUGUGAAUCGAGCUUUAUCAAUACUAUCUUGCUCGUCCGAGCUGAAUGGGAAUAGUGUCACAUUAGAACAUAUAGGAAUGAUAUUCUCAUUGUAUUGACACGUUCUCUGAUGAUAUGAUAUGAUACAAACGGGUAUCCGUUUCGAUCAGGUACAAAGUUUGUUAUGGAAGAUGUAACUGAUUUUUUAUUGAUGAUUCUCAAGUUUCUAAUCACAGAGAAAGUGAUUUAAUCUGGAUUUGUCUUUAAUUCAGAUAUAGAACUAGGUUCAAUGAGCAAUGGAAUCAUUAUUGAUUGAUACAAUAAGUACAUCAUCAAAAUGGUAGGUAGAGAAAAACUAAUGUAACCUUGUGCUAUUAAUUACUCUCCCAUUACUCUCCUAAUUUAUAUAAGGUUACACAUAGUCCGAAAUAGGUUAAAGCUGGGUUAACACCAAAGUUAUUAACAAAAAGUUAAUAACUUAUCCUUAUAAAUUCUAUUAGAUUGAACGGAACUUGACAAACAUAUAUGUUCAUCAUUUGUAUGAUAAGUUAUGUUUAAUCUAAUAGAAUCUAUAAGAAUUAAGUUAUCAACAUUUUGUUAAUAACUUUGGUGUUGACGCAGCUUUAGUCUUGUAGUUGUCUACUUCACAAAAUUUUCAGUCCUUUAUUAUUUCCACAAAGUAUUCUAUUUUUAAACUGUGUAUGGGAAUGAGAUCAUUUGAAACUGGAUGUUUAAACAUGAGAGUUUGGAACAGUAGUAGAUACUACUGAUAAUCUGUAUUUAAUUAUCAUCCUCUAUGAGCUUAUGAAAAAGAUCCAAAAUAGAUUGUAAGUUUUUGUGAAUCAAAAGAAAGAAUUGAUGGAAUAAGCUAGAUAUUCUGGUAUCAGGUUGUAUUCAAGAGAAACAAUAGUGUUUAAUCAAAAUUUUCAGAAAUGGUAGGCCUAUAGUAAAAUGGUAAACAGUACCUAAAGAUGUAUCAGUUCUUGUGACGAUUUCAAGAAGUUUCUGUAAUAAUAUGCAUCAUCAUCAAUUUAACUGAGAAACAAAUUCAUCCUUGGAUUAUUCUCUUUCACAAUUAUUCAAUAUUUAUUCAUAUAAUAUGCCAAAAAUGUAAUUUUAUAGAUAAUAAUUAUACUGUAUAAUUUAUUGUUAUUCAUUAGGUUUUAAUUUAUAUUGAUAUGUAAGUAUAUUCAAGUCAGGGUAAAAUAAUUUUGGCGUUGAAAAUCGUCGAUAGAAUCAUUUCUAUAGUUGAAAAUAUUGUAAAAUUGUUUACCGUCAUGUCAAGACAUUCUCAUAAAACAGCAUUUCAUCAGAAAUGCAAAGUAUUUCCAUCGUCAUGUAUAAUGUUUCAUUUUGUAAAUUGAUUUUAAUAAACGGUUAAAUAUCAUAUA